UGGCCAGCCUUGGCACCAAAUUCGUGUACGUCAUCUCAGAAAUAAUGGAAACUUUGGGGUCUGCCCAAUAUUUUUGAUUUUCUCCCAGCCUUGGCACCAAGUUCAGGCACGUCAUAUCAGAAAUAAUAGAGACCUUGGGUCUGCCCAAUAUUUUUGAUUUUUUUUCCAGCCAUGGCACCGCAACACCACGUCGAUGAGGAUGAUGCUUCGAUAUCAUGAAGGAAACGGAAGAAGCACUUCUUUAUUUUGAGUAAUUCUGACAAACUAGUAGAUUUCAAAUGUAGUGAUGAACACCAACUAGCUGGUGUUUCAGCAACACUUCAAGCCAUCAUUUCUUUCGUAGAGAAUGGAGAAACUAAACUGGGUCCUUCGAGAAAGGGUUAAAAGUCUAUAUGAAGAGAACCAACUGUGGAGAGACUUGGCACAAACAAAUGAAGCCACGACCAAUUCCCUACGCACCAAUUUAGAACAAGUCCUGGUUCAUGUUGGCGAGGAACGCCAUGUGAGCGGGGAAGGCACCGCAGUCGCGUUGGCAGAUGAUGCAGAGUCUAGCUGCGGCAGCAGUGACGAAAGGUGGCGUAAGGUUGUGCCACCAUAACCACAUGAGAGUGGUGCUACUUAGGAUAAGUUGGUGGUAGUUGGGAAUAAUAAUAACAGGAAGUGUAAAAAGUG